AUGCCUUCUUAUACAUUAUACUACUACGUACAUAUUUCUAUAUUGAAAAGUCAGAUACGAAAUUUUAAUACAUAUGAAUACGCAAAAUUUUAUUGUCCUAAAUUAUUCGGUUUCAAAAGUCUAAAGCCAUUUAGAAAUUAUAAAGGCUUAGUCAAGGAGACCAAGGACGAUGACAAUAGAAACGAUAGUUAUAAAGAAUCAGGAACAUCCUUUAGUAGAAGCACAGGAAUGGAAAAAUACGUUUAUGGUGAAGAUCCAAUUAAAUUUGUACAACAAUUUUUACGGGAAUACCAGAAAAGAAAUAUUCUAGAAAGCAAAUCUACUAUUUAUACCACCUUUAGAAGUUUGUUACCAGCAAAAUUAACUGCUAUGUGUGCUACUUCAGAUGGUAAGGAAGAUCCAGAUGCGUUGAUUGAACAAUUUGUUUUAACACAGGUAUCAUGGCAUCAAUUAGUUAAGAAUACCAUUGACACUCUAAAAUUAUUGGAUGACAACGUAGUCAUCGCUGAAAGAAUCAGUCAAUCCAAGGUAUUUUUAGAAACAGCUUCAUGGGUUAAGACCAAUAAGAGAUUAAGGAAUAUGAUGCCUUUAUUAUCUUUAUCAAACAGUCGUGCCAGGGAGUUUAAUUCAAUGUACCAGGAAGAACGUUUCAACGAGGAUUUCAAUCUAACUAAGGCCAUUUAUUCAUUCACAGGUAACGAAGUUGCCACUUUAACUGGAUGGAGUAUUGAACACCCACAGGAUGUCGCAAUCAUUGCACAGUUCCCACGUAUUGAAGAAUCGGAAUUGAGAAAUAAAUUAGGGGUCGAGGAAUAUGAUGCCUUUAUUAUCUUUAUCAAACAGUCGUGCCAGGGAGUUUAA